AUAUAAGUAAGUUGUUUUUUUUUAAAAAACGAAUAUGUUUUGAUUUUUUUGUUUUGUUACAACUCUUUCAUUCGUUGACAACAUACAAUGCAAUAGGAUAUUCUUCCUGAGUACUAUACUUUUUUGUUUUUGUAAAAUUAAAGGUUUUUAUGAGAUAAAGAGGUGGAAACAUCUAACGCAUAUACGAGUUUAAAUAGACGACCCUUGACUUGAAAUGCGCCUUUAUUAUCGGCUUUACGGUGAAAGCGUUGGCACGCUUGGCGAAACCCAGGGUUACAACAUCUGGUUUUCAAAACAAAUCUCCAACCGUGCAAUUUCACAGAACAUUUUUGUGGAAGAUGUUUUAGCUGAGUAACAGAAUUAGAUCAAAACAAAAACAAAAUAAUAAUCUUGUGAGGCUUUAUGUUUGUAAAAGGAGUGAAUAUUGUUUCCUAAGGUCCCUUGAAAUGAAUCAUUUGAAUAUUUUCAAUCACCGAGUAGUGAUAUCAAUGCAUUAGUCAUUAAUACGAUUUCAGGAUUUCACAGAGAUAUAAGGAAGAAAUAAAAAUGGUAACAUAAAUUAAAUGUACAGUGUAUAUAUAGGCAUAAGGUCAAACUAUAAAACAAACCAAUUCUGUUGCCGAUGUGAACUUUAUUUUGAAAAACAGACUUAGCAACCCUGCACGUCAGCGCGCUUUGUCACAGCGAAUUUACCGUAACGUUUGCUGUUUAGCGGCAGAUAUUUUUUUAAACGCCGGCUGGUUGAACUACAGAGAAUCAAGAAAAAAAUAACCCAGGACACGGUUGAGUGAUUUUUGGAAGGACAGUAACAUCUGCCUCUCCGUGUUACUUCUGUAACACACUCUGACUCAGGCUUGUACACACACACCUAUCCUCGUUCGGGGAGGGCGUGUGUGUGUGAGAGAGCGUGUAUGUUUGCGCGCGCGCGUGUGUGGUGAAAGAGAAGGUUUUCAGAUUUUCGCUGCAGAAAGAGAGGACAGUUUCAAGGAAGUGACGGACGAGGCUCGGGGGACUGGACAGAGGAAGUUUGCUCGGUGCUGGAGCCGCUCUGCUGGGACAAAGUUUUCCCCGUUGUAAGCGCCAGCGGUACUGGGAAUCGGGGAGGAAGGAUCCAGCCGUGGGAAGUACUGUGUGGAAUAAAUUAGGAUUAAGUGGGGAAAAAAGAGAAACCGGAGAGGAUUUUCAUUCCCACAACCGACCCCAUCCCCUCCCCUCUUCCUUCUCUUCCCCGCGUCUCCUGAGUGUUUUUUCCCUGGGAUUCGCGAUGGGGAAGGAGCAGGAGCUCCUCGAAGCUGCGCGCACGGGGAACCUGGCCGCCGUGGAGAAGCUUUUAUCCGGGAAGCGACAGUCUGCGGGCGCCGGCAGCGGGUUGUCCGGAGCCAUUGGAAGUGGCAACAGCGGCGGCCACGGCGCCUCCUCUCAUCCGCUCUCCAGUCUUCUCAGCAUCUGGAGAGGCCCUAAUGUGAACUGUGUGGACAGCACUGGAUACACCCCCCUGCACCACGCCGCCCUCAAUGGCCACAGCGAGGUGGUGGAGGUGCUGCUGCGUAACGAGGCCUUCACCAACAUCGCCGACAACAAGGGCUGCUACCCGCUCCACCUGGCCGCGUGGAAGGGGGACGAACAUAUCGUCAAACUGCUGGUGCACCAGGGACCGUCGCAUCCCAAGAUUAACGAGCAGAGCUCUGUAGACCAAAAAGAGUUCAAACGCUGUGGGCCCUUUGACCCCUAUAUUAAUGCCAAGAACAAUGACAACGAGACCCCGCUCCACUGUGCUGCCCAGUAUGGCCACAUCGAGGUGGUGCAGCUCCUGCUGGAGGAGCUGACAGACCCCACCAUGAGGAACAACAAGUUCGAGACCCCGCUGGACUUAGCGGCGCUCUACGGCCGUCUGGAGGUGGUGAAGCUGCUCCUCAGCGCUCACCCCAACCUGCUAAGCUGUAACACCAAGACACACACGCCUCUGCAUCUGGCCUCUAGGAACGGACACCUGUCCGUGGUGGAGGUGCUGCUGGACGCUGGCAUGGACAUCAACUACGAGACGGAGAAGGGCAGCGCCCUCCACGAGGCGGCUCUGUACGGCAAGACGGACGUGGUGCAGAAACUUCUCAGUGCAGGUAUCGACGUGAACAUCCUUGACAAGAAGGGCUUGGCGGCGCUGGACACCGUCAAGGACAUGCCUUCCCAGAAGAGCCGAGAAAUAGCCGCUCUCAUCCUAGGUCACAUGACUGGAAAACCUCCUGACAUCGACCUCCCUCCUCCACCAGUCCCCCCACCUCAGGAGAGUCCCAGUCCAAGGAAGAAAGGUGAUAUGGAGAAAGUGAGUGAGUUGAUCUCGGGGCUGGCCCCGGGGCCCGAGGAGGAGAGUCCUUACGAGGCUCUGUUUGAAGCCACAUCCUGUCAUUCCCUGGACAGCCUCACGAGCUGCAGGUCCUCCGACCGAGACUCUGGACGGCCGGACAGUGAAGCUGGCAAGAGAGAUCGUUACAUCCACCCGUCUUAUCCUGGUGCUGGUCAUGAAGAAGAGGUCAGCUCAGAGGCCCUGUUCACCAACAGCAGUAUUGAUGAAAGAGUUGAACCAGUGGAGGAGGAGGAGGAGGAAGACCACACGUACGAGCUGCUGCUGACGGCACAGACCAAAGUCCCUUCACUCAAACAGGACUUCCAGUCCAAUAAAGAUGAGAAAACCACUUUCCAGUCUUCCAACAGUGUCCUACCUCAGCGUAAACCCCCCUCCCCACGUGACCUCACGACUCCAAGUAAGAAAAAGGAGACGCUGCAGCCUCCCGGAGGAGCGGGAGCACGGCCGACAGGAGAUAACUGUGUGACCAACCAGGAUCAGGGAGCAGGUGUCCCGGAGCAGUUCACUGGCCUCCUUCACGGAUCUUCUCCUGUCAUCGACGGCCACGAGGAGCCCUUCAGGCUUCCAGGUGUUCAUCCACCAACCCAGAGCCCACAAGAAACGAGGAAACCCACCAAGGGGAAAGAGCCAGUAGCCGCGGCUUCAACGCCACAACCGAGUCGCCCAAGUAUGGCCGCCAUUCUGACGGACUGCGACCCAAAAGCCAUUUAUGCCACUGUGAACAAAGAGCACAAGGACUCAGGUGCGGGAAUAGGGUCAGCCGUUCGGACGCGCCCUCCUGGGGACCUAAAACUGGCACGCAGCCUCUCCAAGUCCGACUCAGACCUGCUGGUGUCACCUCCCAGUGAGGAUGAAGCAGGACUAGGGAAUCGAAGCGAGUCUGUAUCCAACUGUAGCACUGGGAAAAAAAGGCUCGAGAAAUCGCCUUCGUUUACUUCAGAGUGGGACGAGAUCGAGAAGAUCAUGACACUGAUUGGUGCUGGCAUCGAUUUUUCCAGGGAUCAGCAAUAUUCCACACCAGGUGCUGCGGACCGGCUGCUGGAGCAGUCGGUGGGAGAGUGGCUGGAGCACGUGGGCCUCCCACAGUACGAGAGCAAACUGCUGCUGAAUGGAUUUGACGACCUGCGCUUCAUGGGGAGCAACGUGAUGGAGGACCAGGACCUGAGAGAGAUUGGAAUCACAGACCCAAGUCACAGAAAGAAGAUCCUUCACGCAGCGCGGUCGUUACCCAAGGUGAAAGCUCUGGGCUGUGAUGGCAGCAGCUCUCUGUCCACCUGGCUGGAGAAUCUGGGGCUGCAAGAGUAUUUACACAACUUCCUGGCCAGCGGCUAUCGCACCCUGGACUGUGUCAAGAACCUGUGGGAACUAGAGAUCGUCAACGUGCUAAAGAUCACUUUACUGGGUCACAGGAAACGCAUUAUUGCUUCGUUAGCAGAGAGGCCGUAUGAAGAGCCUCCAGUCAAACCUCCACGCUUGUCUCAGAUCAGGUGCUACGAUCUUCCUGGGUCCCAGACCUCGUCCCCCUUCAGUCACAUGGAGUCCUACACAGGUCGUUCCAUGGACCCUCUGCUGCCUGUAGGAGAGACGGGGAAGAAAAAAGUGCCAGAGAGUGACCACGACAGUAGCCAAAGACACCGCAGCGAACGACACAGAAUUCACGAACGGCCUGAAGAGCGACUUCGCGAGCCUCGUCUGACCCUGCGACCUCCCAGCCUCGCCGCACCUUACACUCCUGUCCAGAACUGGCAUCACCAACCUGAGAAACUCAUCUUCGAGACCUGUGCCUACGAAGCCAGUUACCUUGGUUCCAUGCUUAUUAAAGAUCUACGGGGCACUGAGUCGACCCAGGACGCUUGUGCCAAAAUGCGGAGGUCGACAGAACAAAUGAGGAAAGUUCCAACCAUUGUCCUCUCCAUCACCUACAAAGGGGUGAAGUUCAUUGAUGCAGCCAAUAAGAACAUCAUCGCCGAGCACGAGAUCAGAAAUAUUUCAUGUGCAGCCCAGGACCCGGAGGACUUGUGUACGUUUGCCUACAUCACCAAGGACCUGCAGACCAGCCACCACUACUGCCACGUCUUCAGCACCGUAGAUGUGAACCUGACCUAUGAGAUCAUUCUGACGUUGGGCCAGGCUUUUGAGGUAGCCUAUCAGCUGGCUCUGCAGGCCCAGAGGACCAAACAGCACCACAGCAUCCCUGCAGGACCUGGAUCAGAAGUCACAGAGCUGAAGUCUGGCCGACCGGUGCCAAAACCACGUGGAAGUGUACGCAAGUCAGCGGGAGAUCUGGUGGACCAGGAGGGUGACGCUCAGUCGCAGGGCAGUGCAACAUGGCUGGUGGACCCAAAGGAGUCCAAGCGCACUAUUAGCACUAAGUAUGAGACCACCAUAUUCUAAAUGGAAUCCUUUUCGUCCCAACCUCCUGACCUGGGUCUGGUCUCACCCCUCUUCACUCUCGUCUUUCUGUGUGCCUUUCACUGUGACUCUGCCUCUCCUCCGCUGGGCUGGACCCCUGUCCUCUCACUCUCGCUCCCCCCACCCCACCCUCAGCCGCCCUGCUAGUUAUGGUCGAUGUCAUUCACACUACUAAUGCUCCACUACCCUUUACUGUUUUCCACUCCCUGUGUUUGCCUCCAGAACUUUAUUUGUUUUUCCCACUAGACUUCGCUCCUCAGUAAUAAGCUGUCGUUUUGUUUCCUGCUGCUUUUACUGCUCUGUCAGGCAACGGCUGCUCUGAGGCUUGUAAUUUGCGUCUCUGAACUCCUCACUCCUCACUCCCCUCCAGUAAUGGAAAAUACUGUAUUUCCUACAACCGAGCGCGGCUCGCAGUUGUUUGUACCUGGACGGACAUGUUAGCUGAGGAAACUGUUAGAAAUAAUAGUUCUGUUAUUUGAUGCAUCAGUUGAAAUUUCAGGCUGUGACUGUAAAGGAAGACAAAUGUCUGGGGGACUGUGGAGGGGGUUACACAGGUCUCUGUCUGAAGCCACAGACACAGGGAUAUUUCUGGGUUCCAUCUUGGUAGUAGGCUAACGUGGACGCACGAUAUCAUCAAUUGCAGAUAAAUUAUCACUCGCCACUUUUUAUCGACCAAUAACGUAAUUCCAGUUGACAGACAAAGCGAUAAAGGCAACAGUGUUUCUACACAUGAGCAGACAGCUGCAGCAUAUCCAUUGGCAUAUGAGCUAAUGCUAACAUUAUCUCAGUUGUUUUUGGCAUAUGACAACAGUGCUUUAAUUUUCAAACUAUGCUUGAAAGAUCCCUGGAUAACCAGUCUUUUUCUUCGCCAGCGGGUUCACGAUACUUCUCAAACAGUUCCCUUUUGCUGCAUUAUUGGAGAUGUUUUAAUUUUAUAUAUUACAUACUUUGUCUUGUUAAUUCUUAAACAAUACAAUUUAAAUAUUGAUUAUCUUAUCGGUAUCAACAAUGAAGACCAAAAAAAUCAUCUCCCUAUCCUGCAGGUCCACAUCAUAACUACUGCUAACUGUAUUAGCAUGAAGAUGGCAUACUCCUCAUUGUCUUUCAGUCAGAUCACUGGAAUUUCAACUUGAUGCUUCUAUGGAUUUAAAUAAUUAUCAAAGCUCUUAUGAAUCCCCAGGUUUAUUUCCCCCUUUCAUUUCUCCCCUUGUCCUCCCUUAUUUUGACUGUGCGCUCCAUGUUAAUGUUUCACUGCUGCCAGUCAAAGGCGUUAAUAAUGACAAUGAGCUCAAUUCACCUCCAUUCAUCGUCCAUCUGUUUGUGUUUUGUCGUUUAUGGUUUUCCUACCUUGACUUUAUUUUGCUCUUACCUUUGUUUUGCAUGUGUCUGUUUCCCUCC